GCGUUAGAUGAAUGAAUGAAUUGACGUGACCAAAGAAAUGAUGACCAUGCAAAAUCCAACGUAUCCUUUUCCGGGCCCACUAUCCCCCACCACCGCCGCCACCACCACUUGCUCCUACCCCACCGUAGCUUUCACAACGCCACCAAACUACGCGGCGCGUCUGUCUCACUUGCUCACCCUCAAGGGCUUCAAUCCCCUGUGGUGCCCCACACUAGUCACCCACCCAACCCCACACUCCCUCAAACCCUACCUCUCUCCCCCUCCAACUCUCGAAUCCUUCUCCGCCAUCGCCUUCACCUCACGCGCCGCCAUCACAUCCCUCUCAACCGCCAUAGCCGACUUCACCGAACCCCUCUUAUCCCCACACGGCCACACCUUCAUCCUCGCCGCUCUCGGCAAAGACUCGGAACUCAUCGUCAACGACGAUUCCUUCAUCGCCAAGUUUUGCCAAAACCCUAACCGAAUCAGAGUCUUAGUCCCUCCAAUCGCGACCCCGAGCGGUUUAGUCCACGCGCUAGGGCUAGGGCUCGGACGGAGACUCAUGUGUCUGGUACCAACCGUGGUGGGGCUCGACGAGCCGGCGGUGGUGCCGAAAUUUGUGAAGGAGCUGGAGGAGAAGGGGUGGGAUCCAGUGAGGGUGAGCGCGUACGAGACACGGUGGAAGGGGCGCGAGUGUGUGAAGGAACUGGUGGAGAAGUGCGAGAGAGGGGAAUUGGGUGCGGUGGUGUUCACGAGCACCGCUGAGGUGGAUGGGCUGUUGAAGAGUUUGAGGGAAAUGGUUGGUUGGGAUUGGAAGAUGGUGAGGAAAACGUGUCCUGAUUUGGUUGUGGCGGCCCAUGGGCCUGUCACUGCUGCUGGGGCUGAGAGUUUGGGUGUCAAAGUUGAUUUGGACUGUGUUUUCUUUGCUACUACAGGCACUGACCAAAACCAGGUAAUAGUUUUUAAAUAGAGAUUUGAAAUCUAUGACGUUUUCUUUCUAGUGUAGGCGAAAUUCAAAUUCAAGUUUUGUAUUCGAGGACAAGAGACAUUAUCAAUUGAACUAACUAGAAUUUGCAAUCAAAUACUAGUUAAGAGCAGGCACUGGAUUUUAGAAUUUCAUCAAAUUGUUUCAGGAAAGAAUAUAAGCAUGCACUGUUUAAUAACACAUACCAGACCAAAGGAAUGGAAAGAAGAAAGAAGAGCUGGUCCCCAACUCUCUUAACCCCCCUAACAGACAGCUAGGGAUGUCUGAGAAUCUGAGAUGGUGAAAGGACCAGUUCUGUUACAAGAAAACCACUGGGUGAGAAUUGAGAUUAAUGUUUAUGGAGAGAUACAUAAUACAUUAGCUUCCUUUAUUACAAUUGAAAUAGAGUAGUUAAAAUUUCCAACAGUAGAAGAACAUUGGCAGCAUCCCCUUCAGUUAUGAUAUUUACUGGGCAUAGGUACUGAUCACAGAUUGCAGCAAAAAGGGCAGCCAUAGCUUCUCCCCUUAGUGCAUUCCCUGGAUAUUCUCUUUUUGUCCUAGCUUUUCUUAAUUAAACCUUCUUUAUCUUUGCAAAUGACUCCCAGGCUCCCAGCAUGACCUCUGAUUCCCUAACAGUUGCAUCAAAGUUUA